AUACAAAACUUUUAGAACUGAGCAUAAUUGGAAAAUGUCCGAAUAGAGUUAGUUAUUGUGCGGCCAGAACUCAUUUUCUUCAAAGCUUAUUUCCGUUUUCAACCAACCAAACCAAAACCUCCAAUUUUGGAAGCUGAAAACAAUGGCUCUCUUACGAUUACAAUCAAUUUCCACCCUCACAUUUCCAUCACUACCACUAAAACCCUCAAAAUCAAGAAUCGCAUUCUGUAGCCGACGACCCUUAAACCCCUGCCAGCAUCAUCAACUGCAGAAACACCAGCAGAAAUUGAGUGCAGUUGCCGGAGAAAUCUCAGCGGCGGAGGGCGAUCAGAGCGUGAUUGAAGACUCUCUGAGGCAGAACGAAGUAGUGAGGUAUGAGUGGAGUGAAGAAUGGUACCCGCUGUACCUGACCAAUAACGUCCCCGACGACGCGCCGCUUGGGCUCACGGUGUUCGACAAGCAGGUUGUCCUGUUUAGAGACGGCGGCGGCGAGAUCAGGUGCUACGAAGACCGCUGCCCCCACCGACUGGCAAAACUCUCCGAAGGUCAGCUAAUUGAUGGUAGAUUGGAGUGUUUGUACCAUGGUUGGCAAUUCGAAGGCAAUGGUAAAUGUGUGAAAGUACCCCAGCUCUCAGAAGGCGCAAAGAUCCCAGCAUCGGCCUGUGUGAGGACAUACGAGAUCAAGGAUUCACAAGGCGUGAUAUGGAUUUGGAUGUCGCGUAAGACGCCUCCUAAUCUUGCCAAAAUCCCUUGGUUUGAGAAUUUCGAGAGGCCAGGGUUUCGCGAUUUAUCAACCAUCCACGAGCUCCCCUACGAUCACUCCAUCCUCUUAGAGAACCUCAUGGAUCCUGCACAUGUUCCCAUCUCACACAACAGAUCAGAUUCUACUUCAAAGAGGGAGGAAGCAGGGCCGUUGUAUUUUGAGGUGACAGAGAGAACGGGCCGAGGCUUUGCAGGCCGGUGGGGCAGAGAAAGAGACGUAUCACUGCCAAACCACAUACCGAACUUUCUGAGAUUUGAGGCGCCUUGUGUUCUUCAGAGCAACCGGGAGAUCAUAGACGAGGACGGCCAGAAGCUCUACUUCUCGGGGCUGUUCCUCUGCAGGCCGUCCGGGCAAGGGAAGUCUAUGCUCAUAGUUCGAUUUGGGAACACGAGGAAGCCAUCAUUUCUGUUCAAACUGUUGCCACAAUGGUACUUGCAUCAGACGGCAAGCAAGAUUCUUGAGGAAGACAUGGGGUUCCUCUCCUCUCAGAAUGAGAUCCUCGUGAGAGGGAAAGCUCCGACGAGAGAGCUAUACAUCAAUCUGAAGACGUCGGACACGUGGGUUGCAGAGUAUCGUAGGUGGAUGGACAAAGUGGGGCAUGGGAUGCCUUACCAUUUUGGCCACAGCACAGUUUCUCUACCGGAGAACCCUGCACUGGUCGAGCAGGCUCCGGCCGGAUUUGCUGCCAGUCUCUCGGCUUCUCAGCCGGCUAAGGGCGGCGUUGGAACAAUGCACGCCCCGAACCCCGCCAACAGAUACUUCCGGCAUGUGGUCCACUGCAAGGGGUGCAGGGGCGUCGUGAGGUCUUCUCGUGCGUGGAAGAAAGCUCUCUCCGUUGCUGCUGCUGUUUCUACGGCCUUGGCGAUUCUCGCAUCUGGGAGGCUGUGGAAGGUGCUGUUCUUGCUCUCGACUGCAGUUUUCUUGGCUGGGAUUCAAAUGUGCUCGACUAUGAUUGCGAUGAACACAACCAACUUCAUAAGAAGGCAUAGAAGGUUGUGAGAUGUGAAGCGAGGCGAAUCCAAGAAUUGUCGAUAGGGGCUCAACUUGUUGUAAUAUGGAGCCUGAAGGUACUUGCGCCGGAAUUUGGGACGGUAGCCCCCGAGCCACAAUAAUUUGAACAAUUCAUUUUGUGUCCAAGUGAAAUCUCAAUGGACUUAGAACUAGAAUUAAGACUUAGUUACUUGUUAUAGUAAAUGAUUGUUCUCUUUC